AUUCUGUAAGUUCCUGUUUGAUUUUAAACUUCAGGAAUCUGAAUAGAUAUGCAACAUAAACAACGUAAUACAGUAGAUAGUAAAAUUGAGUGAUCAUCGACGUCAAUUAUACAUAUCUCGUUUGGCGAAAAACACAUGAAAUGGAUUCACCGUGCCGUAUUUAGCCAGCUCGGUUCACAUUUUUUAUCUUGCGCUCUCUCUAUGGUUACAGUGCUUCAGUGAGGGAAAUGUUAUGUAAGCAUGUAUUUAUUUUCUGUCGAGCUUUUGUGAUUACUAAAAAAUCGGUGUGGAUUUCACAAAGCGUCAAAAAUCAAAAAGAAUUUAUUAAAACGCUUGAUGCGAGUUUCACCAAGAAUAUGAUUAAACGUUUGCUCUUUGCGAUGACUCCAUGUUCAACGAUUAUACAUCAUUUAGCCGCAAUCGCAAAGAAUUAUAUGCAAUAAGAUCCUAUCUAAAUGUCAUAAAGGAAAUAGUGGAAAGAAAACUACAGUUGUAGAAUAUUGUCUGUUUCUACGUAUGUAAACACGCGUUCGAUUGAUCUGUUGAGUAAUAUAUUCUUCAUGAAGCAUCAUAAAGACAUAUGUCGGGAGAUAUAGGCAUCUUAUCUAAAAAUUGUUUUUAUUUGAAAAAUUUAUCUUUAAAAUUGUUUGAAAUGUAAAAUAAAAUACGAUGUAAAGCACGGGAGAUAUUUUUGCCGGAAGUCAACCGUCAACUUUCAGAACGCAUGCCUUUGUUUGCACUUACUCCAUACAAGGUCAACAGUGCUUCCGAUGGCACGUUGUUAAGGCCCGUUCACACGAUCCAAUUUGUCAGAUCCGAUUUUGAGAUAAGGACUUGUAGUACGUAUUCCAUAUAUGGAUAUAUAUUGCACAAUCCAUAAGAGCAAAUACACGACGCUAAAGCGCAAAUACAUGACGAUAAAGAGCAAAUACACGACGUUAGCAACAACAAAAAGUCAAAAUGGCUGCUCGAAGGAGUCAUUCGAUUUCUGAGCGACAUCCAUCUGUGUACUGUGAUAAUGAAACUUGUAGUCCUCUUAUUGUACGUUGUGGUCGAAAUGACUGUGGCGCUGAAAAAUGCAGUGGAGAGAUGUAUCAUUGUCCUUUGUGUCCUCCUGAAAAAUUUUCAAAAGAAAUUCCAUCAAGAGUAAAAGAACACUUUAAAAGCGUCCACUGGGAAAACAGGAUUCAUGAAUUUGAAGGUUUUGACAUUCUGAGGUGUAAGCUGUCAUGUACUUUUGCAUCCAAACGACAUGGCUCAGAUGUCAAGCAUUUCAAAGAUGUUUCGCACUAUCACUGUUUUGGAUGUAAUUCUGGAUUCAAGCGUCGCAAUGAAGCAAUUCGACAUAUAAGAAGUGCACAUGAUUUACAGCUUUCUGUUGUAGAGUUUGGUUCGGGGGGAAACAACAACAAUGUUCUCAAAGUCAACUUUCUCCACAUAAAGUAG